AAAUAAUCUUUCCAAGUAAUCUUCCCGUCCAUCACUCAAGGAGAGCGUGAGCUUUGUGCGAACAUGCGAGAGCCGAGAACCUGAUCUAACUUAAACAAGUUCAACAGCAGCUCCCGGCUUCUGCCUCUGGGCUCCUUUUUUUUGCCUUUUUUUUUUUUUCUUUUCUUUUUUUUUUUUUUUUAAUUCCUUCCCCUUUGCCUUCCCAGAAGCUGCGCAGGGCAAAGCUCGGAGCGCUCAGCCCUCGCUCUCCCUCCCUCCUCUCCUCCCUCCCGGCAAACCCCGGAGCCGCCCGCACCCCGACAGCUCCGGGGCUCCUUCUUCCAUCUCUCCCUGGGAAAAAAAAACCAAAAAAUGAGUUCCAGGCUGCUCCCAGAGAUGCGUUUGUGUCAAAAGCUCCUGGCCGCAGCGCUGUGCGCGCUGGUGGUGCUGCCGGAGCCGGGCUGUGCCAGGACUCUCUGGAAACGCGCUCUGCUGAAAAUGACGGAGAAAUUCGAUGAUUAUGAGUACCCUCUUCAUUCUCACAGCUCGCAGCAGCAGAAGAGCGACCGGUGCCCGCCGCCGCCGCAGAGCCUGCCCGAGCGCGCCUGCGAGGUGCCCAGCUGCCGCUCGGACGCCGAGUGCCAGCGCCACAAGCGCUGCUGCUACAACGGCUGCAUCUACGCCUGCCUCGAGUCCGUGCAGCCCCCGCCAGUCCUGGACUGGCUGGUUCAGCCCAAACCCCGCUGGCUGGGAGGCAAUGGGUGGCUUUUGGAUGGCCCAGAGGAAGUCUUACAAGCCGAGGCCUGCAGCACCACGGAGGACGGGGACGAGCCCCUGCACUGCCCCACGGGCUACGAGUGCCACAUCAUCAACCCGGGCAACACGGCCGAGGGCAUCCCCAACAGGGGCCAGUGCAUCAAGCUCCGGGGAAACCCAGAUGGACACAACCUGAGGCAUAAGUAUUACAAGGAAUAUUUUGGGAGCAAUUCCAACAAUUUGGUGGGCUAUGUGAAAAACCAGCAGAAGCAUUUGGGCUAAUUGAAGGUGUGCCUGGCUGGACCACUCUGCCAAGGAUUGCUUUACCCAGCAGCUUUCUGGUCCCAGACCUCCACAUCUCCAGCACCCCCUGAUCCCUGCCCAUCACUGACCAAAAAAAUUCAUUAUCCAAGGAACAGGAUGAGUCCAGAUUUUAACCCCACCAGGAAGGGGAGAAAUGAGAUCCCCUGGAGGAAACCACACUGUUUAUCAGCUGCCCUUCCACAAAUGAAAUGCAAACACCUCCAAGGGAUCCCUGCAAGCCACAGGGCCACGAUCAGGCUGCUGACACAGAGCCUGCCCUUCGUGUGCUUGUUGUGUGACCAAUUCACAUUUCAGGCCUGUGAACACAACCCAUUGACGUCAGAAUUCUACCUAAAUAUCAUACCUAAGUUGCUUUAAAAUAGGUGAGACUAAAGAGGUUCUCUGGAUCAAAUCCAGUCCCUGCCUGUCUUGAACAAACCUUUAAAGAAGCCUUUUCAUCAGCUUAAAAUUCAAAGAAACCUGCAAAGAAACCUGCAAAGAGACCUGCAAAGAAACCUUUUUCUUUUCCUAUUUACAUCCAGAUAAAAACCAGGCUUGGCACCCACUCUAAAUGGCUAAACCUGAAAUCUUAAGAAUUUGAGGAUGUUUGAGCUAGGAGCAAAAACAUCUUUAUAAAUGUUUUUAGGUUAAUUUCCUCUUCUCAGUCUGGUGAGCUGCAGAUUGAGAGUUAGUAAUGGAAGAGAAUCCUUCCUACAAUAUCCAGGCUGACACACAAAGGCAUGCCAGGUUUUGUAAUGUGCUGCUUUUAGCCAGCACAGUUAAUACUCACAGAAUCUGGGGCGUUGUACCUGCAAAAUCUCAGCAAGAGGCCUGAAGGCUGGAUAAUUUGUUAAAUGUGUUAGAAAAUCAAACCCAGGAUAAAUCUGUGUGAUGAAAAGGAUUGUCUGGGAGAUGGGCCACUGCUCCUCAGGAGUCCUGUACCUUUCUGUUGAUUUCCCUAAAUCCUUAAAGUCUGGAUAUUGGUAUUUGGGCCUCAGAAAACACAUUUUCUGUUAAGGUUUUCCUUUCCUGUGGCAGUCCUGAAGGGACAGUUGCACUUAUUGUGACAAACCAGCCAGAACUGCCUGGCAGAAAAGCCACAUUUGCUCCAUGGUUUAGUCCACAUCCCCAUCUGCAUGCAUGAAAUCAGCAUUUUCAUUUGCUCAGUAGGAGCACUGCAUAUAAAUACCCAACUCACAAAUGCAAGCCCCUGCUCCCACUCACAAAAAACAGGGGUUUUUUUCCACUCACUGCAUGGUUUAAGCCAAAUCCAAGACACCUAUAAAACUCUUGAUACUUUGCACAUGACAUUUGCAGCUGGAGAGAUGGAAGGUGCCAAACUGCUCUUCUGUUUCCUGUUCUAAACACACUCCUGGGGGCUUUACAGAGCAAAGGAGCAGCUGAAGGGCUCCACAUUUCCCUAAAUAUCUCCAUUUGCUGAACUCACUUUUUUCCAAAGUGCAAGAUAUUAAAUGCAGCACCGUGUUUGGGCAGAGCUGUUUCUAGAAUUUUAUCUUCUGCAGCUUCCUGCAGUGAGGUCUCAAUUCCUGCUUGGACACAGGAGCCACAGAACCAGAGAACUGUGGAAUGGUUUGGGUUGGAAGGGUUGGGUUUGGGUUUGAAGCUCAUCACCUUCCACUGGACCAGGCUGUCCAGGCUCCAAUCCAUAUUUUAUAGUUCCAAUCUGUGGUCAGACCAGAAACUUUGUCACUUACCCUGCUGCAGCCUCCCUCCUCAGUGCUGCUCAGUGAAAUGGAUUGAUUUUGUUCAGCAUUACUUCCUGCAGGAAAAAAAAUCAAUUUCUGGUUAAAUGAGCAAAGCCCUCCAGUGAUCACUGCUGGCCCCAAAGGGUAAAUGCCAAAAUGUUCUAAUUUAAACUAAAACAUUCUUAAAACCUUGUGAGGAGUUAGUUGAAAAACUGGUGUUGUGCAUUCACAAAUGUGAAAGUUUAAAACUUCAAAUCUCAACCUAAUCUCUCAAAGCAGCCCAAAAUAUGCUUAAUUUGAGUGGACCCAUCCACUGCAGUGUCUGUUUUCUUUGUAGCUGCAGAAGCACAUACCUGACCACCUGGGUGGGACAGUGCAGGUGUUUUCUGCUUGCAAAAGGAAUUUAAAUUUAAACCUAAAAAAAAAAAAAAUUGACAAAUUAAUAAUUUGAUGAUGAAUUUCUGUUUACUGGGUGUUUCACAGCCAUCACCCUUCUUCGUGGUGCUAGAAUGCUCAGGGGUUUUUUUCCAAGUUAAUUCAAGUUAUUAAUUGUCAAACUCAGAAACAAAAGCCACAGAAGGGACUUGACCAAGUGCUGUGUUUUCAGCAGGGAAACACUGAAUGUGAAACUCAGACACUGAAAUGAAAACACAGAGCAGGUGAGCUGUCCUCAGCUGCUCUUCUCUCCAAAAACAGAUGCUCCAUCAGCAGCCAGGUGCAGCAGAGUAGGAAAUGCCUGGUGUAGGAUGUUUUGAACAUUUUCAUGAGCACUCUGCAGCGUGUUUGGUGCUAUGAUAACCUUCCUGUGUGUCACUGGGUGCUGCACUGCCCACAGCCUCCCACAGCCCCGAGGAUCUGGGCAGCUCCAGGAGGCCCCUCCCUGGUUUGUGCUGUUCAGGUUCUGCUUUGGUGCUCAAUAAAAAGUGACCAGUCUAUUUUUGAA